UGGGGUGGUGGUGUUCCUGGGUGGGAGGAGCAGCAGUGAGAGGAGAUCUCAGAGACCUGCAGUAAUGGCAGCUCGCAGCAGAGUAGUGCACUUACUGAAGCAGAUCACCAGCGCCGCAUGCAGAUGCCCAGCUCACUCCCAUGUGAAUUCUGCACACACCUAUCUUCCAGGUACUGGACACACCUGUGGAAGAAAAACUGACUAUGCCUUUGAGAUGGCCUGCUCUAAUAUCAGAUACGGAGAGGGCGUCACCAGAGAGAUUGGCAUGGACCUGCAGAAUCUCGGUGUGCGGAAUGUGUGUCUAAUGACUGACAGUAACUUGUCCAGGUUGCCGCCAGUCACUGCAGUGUUGGAUUCGCUGGCUAGACAUGGUGUGAAAUAUGAAUGCUAUGAUAAAGUGAGGGUAGAGCCCACAGAUAGCAGUUUCAAGGCAGCUAUUGAUUUUGCGAAGAAGAGGGAUUUUGAUGCAUACGUAGCUGUGGGCGGAGGCUCUGUGAUCGACACCUGUAAAGCAGCCAACCUCUAUGCAUGUCACCCGACAGCUGACUUUCUGGAUUUUGUUAACGCACCUAUCGGCAAAGGAAAGCCAGUUACUGGAACGCUGAAGCCUCUUAUUGCUGUUCCCACCACAGCAGGCACUGGAAGUGAAACUACUGGUGUGGCCAUUUUUGACUUUGAAGACUUGAAGGCUAAAACAGGCAUAGCUAGUCGGUCCUUGAGGCCCACUCUGGGAAUGGUGGAUCCACUUCACACCCUGCACAUGCCAGCCAGAGUAGCUGCCAACAGUGGCUUCGAUGUGCUCUGCCAUGCACUGGAAUCCUACACUGCACUGCCUUACACCAUGCGGAGUCCCUGCCCCACCAACCCGAUCAACCGCCCUGCCUACCAGGGCAGCAACCCAGUCAGCGAUGUCUGGGCAAAACAUGCCCUCCGCAUGGUUGCCAAGUAUUUAAAACGAGCGGUGCGGGACCCUGAUGACGUGGAGGCGCGCUCCAGCAUGCACCUGGCUAGCGUAUUUGCUGGAAUCGGUUUUGGCAACGCAGGAGUUCAUUUAUGUCACGGAAUGUCUUAUCCAAUUGCUGGCAAUGUGAAGACCCAUAAAGCUAAAGGCUACAGUGUGGACCAUGCAUUAGUGCCGCAUGGUCUCUCAGUGGUACUUACAUCCCCUGCUGUCUUUGCCUUCACUGCCAGUAUGUGCCCGGAGCGCCAUCUAGAAGCAGCAGAGAUACUGGGUGCUGAUGUGAGGAACGUGAAGGCUGCGGAUGCUGGCUCUGUGUUGGCUGACACACUGAGGAAGAUCUUGUUUGAUCUGGAGGUGGAAGACGGUUUGGCUGCAGUUGGCUACAGUAAAGAGGAUAUUCCUGCUCUGGUGAAGGGAACCAUUCCUCAGGAGAGGGUGACAAAACUAGCCCCCAGAUAUCACACUGAAGAAGAUCUGACUGAACUGUUUGCUGCUUCCAUGAAGCUGUUCUGAACACGUGUGCGGGCACAGGAUAUCAACGGGACAUGUUUCUGAACAACUUUAAAUAAAUUAAAUAUGACCACCCUGCAUUGUUUCAGAAAAAGAAAGAUGUUUAUAUUGAUGAUGAAAAAAUAUAUAUUUUUGAGCUAAUUAGUAUAUUUCUGUAAACUUUUUCAUAGUAAAUUCUGAUCGCUAAUCAAUAAAAGUAUUUUGUCAUUGCCUACCUAAUGUUCAGAUGCACACAGUGUAACUGUGUUGAUGUGUAGAGGUGUAAUUAAAAGCAUUCCUAUUGUUAAAAUCAGGACAAUAUCUAAUCUUUUGAUGUACCUAGAGGCAUGUCCAGUGAAGGGCAUUUGUGCUCUGGGAAUAAAAACAGAAAUUGAUUCUUUUUGGAACUUAAUCCUUAAUGCUGCUCAUUGGCCAUUUGAACAUUGUAUGACCUUGUCGGUAUGUGUACACUAAAAAGGCCUGAGCACAGGGCUUAAUCAGACUUCAUAUACUUUAUACAAUUUUAAAACAAUUAAAUACAUUUCCUUCAA